ACACAUCGAACACAUCGUCACACAAAAGCAAAGCAACCUCGCUUCAUCUCCAUUGUCGCAACUGCAACACACACACACACAGAAAGAGUCUCGCAACUAACUUCCUGGUUCCGGUUCCCAAUUACCGUCGCUCUACCUUGCAACCGCACGAAAACACCAUUUCAAAACCCACAAACUCCCACACAACUCCCACACAACUCUCAGAAUGGUCAACCAACCAACCAGAAUUCCCGCCACCACCCCGGCCCUCGCCCGGUUCCUCCCCGCCGCCAUCACGGUCGGCAUCGUCUCCGCCAUCGCCGUGAACAUCCGCUCGCAGCUCAAGACCGAGUCGCAGACCAUGGACCGCUUCUUCGCCAAGUACAGGAACCCGCAGAGCGAGGCCGUCCGCCAAAAGGUCUUUGACGGCGCCGUCGAGGACCCGCGUAAGAGCUGGUUCAACGUGCUGGGCUGGUGACUAUUUGAGGAUUAGAACAUGGCCGGGCGUUGAAUCACUUAUUUUCGGAACGGGGAUAUAUCAUUUGUCAUUGGAAGAGGCGUUGAGUGAAGCCUUGGUACCGCGUGUAGUACUCAUGCAUUUCUUUUCCAUUAUCGCAAGAUUACAUUCCAUAUUUGUAAAUGCACGACGAUGAGUGACCACCACAUAAUUCAAUGACUCCGUUAUCCAUUUAGUCGCCAGUUGCUCUGCGACUUCAUGAGAUUUCCUCACGGUUGACUCCAUUUCCAUUUUCUCUUGUCUUUUGUCUUUUGUAAUGUCCCAUUACAACUUAUACCAUUUGGCCGACGCCAUGCGAACCUGUCGGUUUUGAGUAUCUGUAGCAUUUCCGCUGUAGCAUCUCAAUCGCAUGGAAUACUUGUAGUUUGCCGCAGCCUCGCUUCUUCUCAUCACACAGUGGAUGAGCUCGUUCGUUCAUUGUUUUUUAUAAUAAGGCACGACCUGGUCUCGUCUACCGGGUGUUGUAACCUGCGUCCUUGCGCAUCUCUCGCCCCGAUUCCCAGCCGCGUUUCGCUAGCAGAGUGGGUGGAAAAAGUAUCUGGCUGCGCUCGGCGGGACUUAUCACGACAUUGAUGAAGGGUGUUACCGAUCGUUCAGCCAGUCACGGUUGAUGGAGUUUCACUACGCUAUGCAGACUUGCUAGGCUUGUGUUGCCGUGCCGUUGCCAUCAACGUUCGUAUUAAACACCAUCACUGCAAUAUUCCCGAAGAACCUAUGGCCAAAUCAUUCCACUCCAAGAUGACAUCCUCGGAAUGAGUACUGUUCUUGUUCUUAAUAAUGGUCCCGCCGGUCACCACCGCCCUAGCAGCCACAAUCCACUCCGACACCUCGUCAUCCAGCUCAUCGACAUUACCGACUCGGCAACGUAGCUUACGAGUUGAUUGGAAAAAACGGUAGUGUCCAGGUGGCUAACCUGAGCUCAUACUAUGAAUAGGCAGAUAAAACCUCGCUGCAAUAGGUGAUCGCUCGACAACCUGACCAACGGCAAUGUUAAUGGCGUUGAAUGGUGGAGAUACCUGGAGAGAGAUUCAAGCACCAGAGAGCCAUUAUUUGAAGCCGUCUUUGUUCCCGAGGGCUAGUCGAGCCCACCACCCGCUUCGGGUAGACGGAGCGCACCGCGAACUAGGAUCGUUGGCUCACCUGUCCCAAAUGCCAUGCGAGAGCCACCGGGAUGCUUCCGAGUCAAUAAAAACCUGCAGGCCCGUUGGGUCCAGAAUUCUGCACCUCCAGGGGUGUGUCUUGCCACUGCGCAGAAACGAUUGGCUGUGACCGCGGUAACCAUUGUUGUUUGCUCUUCUCCAGGCCCAAAGCGUGCCGCCGGACUGAUUGUCCGGCAAUCGAGAUACCAACUUUGCUUGUUUUCUUUCCGGUAUUCUUCCCUUUUCACUUACUUGGUUGUAGGCUAGUUGCACCAGUUUCGCCGCUAUCCAUCGAAUGUAAACACGUUCGACGAGUUUGAGCGCAGAUAGAGGGCAACUCGGCGUUCUUAAUGUGGGUUGUGUCCAGUAUCUACAA